UCAAGCUGUCAUGUAUCCUUCCAGCAGCUGCGCGAGGAGAGCAGCCAAGCGCUGCUCCCGUCACGGCCAUCCUUUCUCCGUUCACCCCUUCAAACAAUGUUAUCUAUAUUCUCCAAACCACUCUUCGACUGCUAAACUCAAGGAUUUGGAUUGAUUCUACCAUCUCUAGAACACACACACACACACACUGUAGCUACACGUGCAGAUGCACACAAACGGACCUGGAGACGAGCUCAAAGCUAGAUAGAUAGAUGGUGACUAACUGAUUGUUCGCUCAUUGUUUCCACCCUCCCCUCUGGCCUCUAGUUUGCCAUGGCGACGGUGGUGAUGGAGCAGAUCGGUCGCCUGUUCAUCAACGCGCAGCAGCUGCGUCAGAUCCCUCAGCUGCUGGAGUCGGCCUUCCCCACGCUGCCUUGCACAGUAAAGGUGUCCGACGUUCCCUGGGUGUUCCGCGAGCGUCAUAUCCUCACCGGCUACAGACAGCCAGACCAAAGCUGGCGCUACUACUUCCUCACGCUCUUCCAAAGGCACAACGAGUCCCUCAAUGUGUGGACCCACCUGCUGGCCGCCCUCAUCAUCUUGGUGAAGUGGCAGGAGAUCUCGGAGACGGUGGAUUUUUUGCGAGACCCUCACGCCCAGCCCCUCUUCAUUGUCCUCCUGGCGGCCUUCACCUACCUCUCCUUCAGCGCUCUCGCUCAUCUCCUCUCUGCCAAGUCCGAGCUCUCCUACUACAGCUUCUAUUUCCUCGACUAUGUUGGGGUGGCUGUCUACCAGUAUGGCAGUGCCCUGGCACACUACUACUACGCCAUAGAGGAAGAGUGGCACGCUAAAGUGCAAGGGCUCUUUUUACCCGCUGCAGCAUUCUUGGCCUGGCUUACUUGCUUCGGCUGCUGCUACGGUAAGUAUGCUAGCCCCGAGCUGUCAAAGUUAUCCCUCAAGCUCUGCCAGGUGGUGCCGUCAGCGUUGGCUUACUGUUUAGACAUAAGCCCUGUGGCUCACCGCAUCUACAGCUGCUACCAGGAGGGCUGCUCAGACCCAGUUGUGACGUACCAUUUCUACCACUUGGUCUUCUUCCUCAUCAGCGCCUAUUUCUUCUGCUGCCCUCACCCAGAGAGUUUGUUCCCUGGGAAGUGUGACUUCAUAGGGCAGGGGCACCAGAUCUUUCACAUAUUCGUGGUGGUGUGCACCCUGAUGCAGAUCGAAGCACUGAAAAUAGACUUCACAGAGCGCCGUCCCUUCUACGAGCGCCUUCACGGCGAUCUCGCACACGAUGCCGUUGCGCUCUUCAUCUUCACUGCCUGCUGCAGUGCGCUCACUGCUUUUUAUGUGCGCAAUCGUGUCCGUGCCUCUCUGCACGAGAAGGAGGAGUAAGAAGAAAAAAAAAAACACUCUGUAGUGACCAUCCAUUUAAAUAUAAGUCGUGUUUUUGUCAAUGAAAGUUAUCAGUUAGUGAUAGUGACUUAUUAUUUCUUCAUUUGAUCUGCCACACUACAGUGAUCAAAAAAAAAAUGUGAUAAUGGUUGUGUUUUUGUUACUUACAAUGAAGAAAAGGGAAGCUUAAAAUUUGUCUGUAAUACUUAAACACGGCAAAGACUUUUUUUAUUAGUCUGGUUUUAUUCAUUAUCUUAAAGAAUGUGGUUUUUACUUCACCCCACACGAAAUCCGUUCUCUGUCAAGGUGAGCAGAAAAAUGACUUUCUUAAGAUGCCUUUUACCCAAUUGUAUUUAGAAUAAUCUGUCUUAAUCAAAUUGUAGCAUUUCAAGUCAUGGAAGCAUUUGUUUUUACAAUUUACAGUGCCAUGACACUUUGUAUAUUUCAGUUGGAUACCAAUUCAAGUUAAAUUCCUGGUCUUAAUAUUGUUUCUGACACUUGAUUCUGCCCCUCUCUCUUGAGGGUUUUUAUUUGUCAUGUCACUUACACUGUGCCAAACUAAUGUUUGAAAAUAUUCUGGGAAGGUUACGAACCCAAUUUGAAAAUCAAAUAUUGUACCUCUUAUUUAAAAACAAGAUUUUUUUUUUUUUGGGGGGGGGGGGAAGGGUGUUAACAUUCUGGUGAGUUAUGUCGAAAAUGAGGCUGGCACUCAUUGGUAGAGAGAUGGAUGGAAGAUUACUGAUGUCUCUUUGUUGAUGCGUCUGUUCAGAGCAUGUUUUGUUCAUUGUCUUGCUGCCUACCAGACUUUAAAUGGCUAUGAAAACAUCAUUUCAUUCUGCAGCACUGUUACACCGAAGAGUCCCUAUCCCCAUUUUUCUUUUUCUGAGUUUGAUGACUUUUGUUAUAAAAAUUUCACAGAUAUGGCUCACUGAUGAUGUUGGUUAUUUUUUUCCUCGUCAAAAUCUUACAAUGUCAAGUGAUCUAUAUUCAUUAUAGCACUCUCUUUUCAUGAUUGGUGUUUAAUGUGCCAAUGAAUCUGUUAUUGCUUCAGUGAUGGUACUAAGAGAUGAAUUCAGAGACAGACUGUCAGAAGUUGAUUAAAAUGAUGUCUUGACCUGACUGCGAACAUCUUACCGGUGAGACUGAACCUUAACACACAUAAAUAUGAGCCUUUCAACUGUGGACUUACUGACCUGGUCUCAUCGUGCACUGCCUGAAAUCCUCACUGUAUAUACUGUAGCUGACAACACUGGCUAUGUUUACAUGCAUGGAGCAAGGUGUCUGUGCUGGUAAUGUUGUUAUUCUGGUUUUGUGUUGACUCUUGGAAAGGUCUUAAAUUACGACUAGGCCUAACCUGGAGAAACCUGUUUAAGACUCCUUCCUUGUCAUGGUUAUAAAUCGGUUGGCAACAAGUUUUGAGGCUCUCAUGCACAAUCGGUCUCUCCAGGAUUUCACAGACUUUCUUUUGAGAAAGUUGUGAUUUCUUUUUUCUUUCUUUUUUGCAUAGUUCUUUAAAAAUAAAAAGGAAACUUGUUAAAAUUACUCUAGGCUAAGUUUUCCUAGUUACCUUACCAAAAAGGCUCAGGAUGCUGCAAAUGUUUGUAUAAUAUUUAAAUGGCUGGUGAAUUUAAGACAAAAAAUUAUAGUUUAUUGAAUGAAUCAAAUUUGAAUGUCUGUCAGCGGUUAAUUAUUGCUGCUGAGAUUGGUUGAAGUCGCAGGAAACUGUUAUUGGUCAAAAUUGCGUGUUGCACCAAAGUCACGGUGAUUGGUUGAAUAUAUGCGAUUGCAACACCCCAAAAUCCUGGAGAGACUGCACAAUGCUAAUUUUUUACAUGUAAUACUUCAUCAAAAGUCUUUUUCGUUAAAGGCUAAUGAUAUCCAAUUGUCCAAUGAGGCCUGUGACUCUCACCAGCCCUGGUUGGGACCAUUACAAGAGCCAGACAAUAUAAAUAAUUUAUUUCCCAUGUGUUGGUGUAAACCUGGAUUUGUGUAAUCAGGAUAACAAUACCCAGAAAGUAUUUUUUUUUGCUAGAUUGUAUGUCGCAACAUGGAUACUCUGUCACAGAUUAUCUAAGUUGCAUGCCAAUUAAACCUGACUAAGAUCUUAACUGGAAUAUGGCCAGCACUCUUUACUGUAGAAGUGAAUUUGUGUAAAUGUAGCCUCUGAUUCCACCCAAGGUUUCCUUUUAUCCCUUUUACGAAAGCAAGACGAGAAGUAUGUCUUCUGCCUCCAUAAAAAAAACAUGUGACUGGCUGUACUUAUAUUCCGUUGUAUUUAAGAAAAUAAAGUGUUACAGUAA